GUAACUCAAGAUGGCGGUGCCCCGUGGCCCCCUGAGCGAUUUGGAGAGCAGCAGCAGCAGCGAGGCGGAGGAGCUGGCACGGUGCCGCGAGGCGGCGAUGCCGGCCUGGGGCUUGGAGCAGCGCCAGGGAGGGCCGGAGAAGCCAAGAGCCGAUGCCAGAAAUAAUCAGCGGCCAGCCACCCAGCCGAGCCUCAGGCAUAAAGUGGAUGAACAUGAACAAGAUGGCAAUGAACUUCAGACCACCCCCGAAUUCCGAGCCCACAUAGCCAAGAAACUGGGAGCCCUGCUGGACAGCUCAAUUACCAUCUCAGAAGUUGUGAAGGAGCCGGCAAAGGCCGAGGUACAGAAAGUUCCCGCAGAGGAUGAUGGCUUCCGCCUCUUCUUCACUUCCGUCCCUGGAGGCUCGGAGAAGAACGCUGCUCCCCAGCCUGGCCGAAAGCGAUUACCUCCGAGCUCCAGCAGUGAGGACAGCGAGGAGGAGUGGCAGCGGUUCCGGGAGGCAGCGGUGUCGGCCUCCGACAUCCUCCAGGACUCUGCCAUCCACAGCCCUAUCAGAGUGGACGGAGAGGCAAAGAAGAAGAAAAAGAAGUUGAAAAAGAAAGCCAAGAAGGAGGCCAGCGCCGACUUGGUCGCCUCCACCACCACAAGUGGGACCGCGGUUGGGAAGCCGGAAAAGCAGUCACCCAAGCUCAAUGGAGACCAGACAUCACUUGGGACCAAAAAGAAGAGAAGGAAGAAAAAGGCCAAGAAGGCCAGUGAGGCUUCCCCAUUCCCACCGACAAAGAGCGCAGUGGCCAUGCCUGCAAACUGAUCCCUGCCCACGGGCACAAGGCUUAGCUAGCCCUGAGGACAAGGUGCCCGUCAGGGACAAGGCAUUUCCAAGCCCCACCUCCCUCUCCAAGUUCAAGGACUUGGCUGGCAAGUCCGUACUUGGCCCGUGAUUGGGGCUUGCCCAGGGGUCGGGACAAAGACAGCUGUAGGAUGAGAAGACUAAUCAGGGCCUGCCCGUCCGGGCUCCCACUGGGGGCUGGCGCAGACCUGUGGUACCGGCACCUUCCAUGGCCUCAGGAGAAAGGAGCCAUCCAGUUAUUCAAGACUAUUGGUCAAGUGGUAAAGCUUCUGUCUUCCCGGGACAGAGGAGAGCAAGUGAAGGGAGAGCUUUUCCUUCCCCUCCACCUUCUCGACCUGGUGUGGGAGACAUCCUUAAGGAACUGAGGGAAGGAGUCGGCCCAGAAAGAGUUUUGUACUUUUGUCUCCAGGCCGCACAGACUUGAUAAUAACCUUGUCUGAAAAAGAGAGAGAUUUUAUCCCCCGCUAGGUUUCCAGAAUUUUUUUUCUCCAUGUUUGUGAAUAUACCAUGCACGAUCAUGUCUCUGAGCCAACCAGAUUAUUGAAAAUAAAUUGUCGAGAGACCCCAAACUUAACAAAGUGAUCGGGGUGCUGCCUCCAAUAUCAAUGCUGAAUCUUGAUGAGACAGUUUAAGUAAACAUCACAUAGGUGGUGUCCUCCUGCCUACACCCCAAGGUGUGUUCCUGCACCCCAGCCUCAAGACUUCAGGAAGUAUCACAGCACUUGUGAAUGGGGUUUCACACACCAGGAGUGUUCUGCCGGGAAGAGGAGAAGCUCAGGGUUAAGGUGAAAUUCUGGUUUCAUGGCCUUACCUCCAAGGUUUGGCAGAGCAAGAAAGACAGAGGUGUGGGACGUGAGAGCGUGUGUGCUAACCCAUCUCCCCUCAGGCCCCUGGCCCACCUCCGCCUCCGUCUGUCUGCCCAACCCCAUCUGGGCAAUGUGUGGACAAGCAAGAAGUUUCCAGUACUCAUUUCCAAUACUCCGUUCCUCAUUUCCUUUACUAAAAGUUAAAUAAAUGUACAGGUUCGCCCUUAGCUGGCUGCAAGCUG